AAUUUUGGCUAAAUCAAACUCAAAUCAAACCUGAUUUGAAUCAAAUCAGCUACUGAUCUAAGGAUUUCUCUAGAAACCAAAUUUUCCCAAAAACCAAAAUCCCCUCCUUCCCGAUUUCACGGACCCAGCCCCUCCAUCUGCGAUUUCCGGUCACCGCUUGGUCCGGCCAUCGCCGGCUCCUCCUGCCGCCGUCUUUCUCUCUCCGUUUCCGUUUCUGGUGAGCGCAAAAAUCACAGACGAAGCUGCUACUUCAUCCCGAUCGAGAGAGUCGCGUCUCCGGCCUUCCUUCGUCUUUCCGGGACUCCAGCUCGACCGGCCGAUUCCAACUUCCUUCUCGUGGCAGCUUCGCUCGAUUUCUCUCUCUCCCUUCCUGUUCCGGCUGGUGCAGCAAUCAGGAGAAGCUGUGACUGUGGUUGCGAUCGGGACAGUCCCGUUACCCAUUUUCUUUGCAUUUUUCGGCGAGCCCCAGCCAAGGACUGGCCAGGCUGGACCUCCCACCUCAUCCCUGGUUCCUCUCUGAUCACUCUCUUCUGUCUCCGGUAAAUUUAGCGGCGGCAGUAGCUAGCUCGAGGGAGACGUUUUGACUACGGAUCGUUCUAACCGCAAAAUUUCGAUUCCGGCGUGUGUUGCGGCUGGCAGAAGAAGAGGAGGAAAAAAGUGAAUGAAAUGGCGCAGGACAAUGGCAUAGCAGAAACCAAAAAGAAUGAACCUGGUGUAAACGUUGAAAAGAAGCACAAGGGCCUUUUGUCUCGUAUCUGGAAUGGCAUUUUUAGACUUCACCAUGCUGAUUUUGAGAAGAGAUUGCAGAACAUAUCUAAGGAAGAAGCUGCCGUUUUAGCUAGAAUGAAGAAGCGAUCACUUACCUGGCGAAAGAUGACUAGGCAUCUGAUUAUUUUCUCUGUCAUUUUUGAGGUAAUUGCUGUAGGUUAUGCUAUCAUGACAACAAGAUCAAUGGAUUUGAACUGGAAGAUGAGAGCAUUUCGAGUUUUGCCAAUGUUUCUUUUGCCUGGUUUAUCAUCUCUUGCUUAUUCAACAUUUGCGAGUUUCACAAGGAUGUGUGAUCGCAAGGAUCAGAAAACUCUAGAAAGGUUGCGGGCUGAAAGGCAAGCGAAAAUUGAUGAACUUAAAGAGAAGACAAAUUACUACACUACGCAGCAACUCAUUCAGAGAUAUGAUCCUGAUCCAGCAGCAAAGGCAGCAGCUGCAACUGUGCUUGCAUCUAAGUUGGGUGCAGAUUCUGGCCUAAAAGUGUAUGUGGGUGAAGAUGAAGCUAAGCUUAACAUUCCAACAGGGAAGAGUAAGGAUGUUGAGUUUGCAGAAGCAAGCGGCCUUAGAAAUAGAAAGCAAGUGGACACUAGAUCUAGCAGUGCAGGGAGUUCUCCAGUACGCCAUUCUAAUGAAGAAAUGCUAUGUUCUGGACAACGCGAGGAUCUUCAAAAUUCUAAAGAUAACCAACUUGUCGUUCAGCAUCAUAAUCCAAAGUCUUCACUGGUGCAUGAUGGAGGGUGGAUUACUCGAUUAGCAGCAUUACUUGUAGGCGAGGAUCCUACACAAUCUUAUGCAUUGAUAUGUGGCAACUGCCAUAUGCACAAUGGCCUUGCGAGGAAGGAGGAUUUCCCAUAUAUUACUUACUUCUGCCCACACUGUCAUGCCCUGAAUCAACCAAAACAAUCAGAAGAGAGUGUUUCUACUUCAAAUUUGGGCACUCUGACAGCUGGUGGCGAUGUUGAAGCCGUCAACGAUGCCAGUAAUCCCCCAAGUGACAGCAUUCUACAAAGUAACAGCCCUACCAGAGCUGAUUCAAAAAAUGAUGAAGUAGCUGAAAUGCCAGCAUCAUGAGAGUUGGCUACUUAAGAGUCUCGAUGUAUGAUUACAGGUGAUAAGUUUGACCUUGUUCUGCCUUUCAUCAGAUCUUUGAUUGCCAUUUUGAGUCCUGGAAUGGUAAUAUUGUGUAUGCUUGAGAUUUUGGUGGUUGGUACUUUUUGUACUUUAUGAUGUAUAAAUAUAUCAUGGCUCAAUUAUAAUAGUGGAAAUUGUAUCUGCUCCUUAUGUCUAGCUUACGGCUGAAGGCCCUUUAGGGUUGUUUGUGUUAGAACACUUUCUUCAUUUCCGUACAGAAAGCCUCAAAAAUGAAUGAAAUGAUAUUCAACUUU